UGUCACCUUGGAUACUCCUUGGGUGUCUGAGUGCAGCCAAGUUCUCCUUGGCUUCUUUCCUUCCUGUGAACUCUUUGUUUACUUUAGUUGGUCCUUGCAGGAAGUCAGAGCUAAAAUAGGUGCAGUCAUUGGGAGUGUAAUUGCCAUGUGGAAAGCCCGCAUUCCUGUCUCUCUCCAGGGUGGGGAUAAUUGUGUCUCCCCUUUGGGGCACUGAUGUGCUUCUGCCAGCCAGGCAGGCGACUGAAAGAGAGAGCAACUGGUCCCUCUCCCAAAGUCUGCUUUCUUGGCAGAGAACUUCUCUCCUGCCCAGAAGACUUCCCCAGUAGCCAUGCUGAAGCAAAUCCUCAAAGACAUGUAUGUGGACCCAGAACUCCUGGCAGAGCUCAGCGAGGAGCAGAAGCAGAUUUUGUUCUUCAAGAUGAGGCAGGAGCAGAUCAGAAAGUGGAAGGAAAGAGAAGCAGUGGCAACUCCAUCAAAACUGGCACCGAGGAAAGCCCAUGGAAAAUCUGUGCAGUGGAAGCUUGGAGCAGAUGGUGACGUCUGGGUGUGGGUCAUGGGUGAGCACCCACUUGAUAAGCCGUACAACCUGCUCUGUAGUGAAAUUCUUGCUGAAAGAGUGAGGCAGCAGUCACUUUUGGAAGCAGAGGCAAUAAGAAGUCAUCCAGCAGAAAAAAUUACAGAGCCUCCUGCAACCUUGUCUUCACAUUCUCCAUCCAACACCCAACGUGGGUCAGAAACACAAGGAGAAAGGAAAUCCUCUGGAAUAGCAGAUGAACAGUCUUCUGUGAAUAAAACAAGAAGUAUAGAGGAGAUGCUAGCUGAGUCUAUGAAUCAUCAAUCAAGGAAGUAUGGCUUUCAGCAGAGCAAAGAUCUACUAAUGAAGACGACCGGAAACGAAACCAGUGUGCGAGGAGAAGUGACUGCAAAUGCCACCAAUGAAUCUCUACAGAAAUUGGAGAAUGAAGAUCCUGAUUGGGUGGAAACUUUAGUUUCCCUACCAAAUGUACGGAAGCAGGCGGUCCAAAGAACCAUCUCCAGUUCUACACAGGAAGGCAUUGUGCGGUGGUUCAAGGAGGAACAACUCCAUCUCCGAGCUGGCUUUGAGAAAUCGACAGACAGGAUUGCACCUUGGUUCCAUGGUAUUUUAACAACUAAGAAAGCAGAAGAACUUCUGAGAGGCUUGGUGCCUGGGAGUUUUCUGAUCCGGGUCAGUGAAAAGAUUAGAGGUUAUGUUCUGUCAUAUUUGUCAGCAGAAGGCUGCAAACACUUCCUGAUUGAUGCCUCCGGGGAUUCCUACAGCUUCCUUGGUGUGGACCAGUUGCAGCAUUCAACACUGGCUGACCUGGUGGACUAUCAUAAGGAUGAGCCCAUCACAUCUUUGGGGAAGGAGCUCCUGCGAUACCCUUGUGACCAGCAGGGUGAGGAACCUGAUUAUCUUGAUCUUUUUGAGUGAGGUCUGAUGGCUCCCAUCACCUACCAUAUGGAGGAAUGGGCAGAUGCAGUUUUAUGGAAGCAGAGCCAGCCUCUUUCAUUGCAAAGUUAUGGUGCAAGAUUGUUUGAUAAUGAAUUGACAAGAGAUGGCUGCUCUUAACAGUGAUGAGUCUGAACUGCUAGCAACUGUUGCUCCAAAACCACGAUCAAGACAUAAAUGAACAAAGGAUGCUGAAGGAAACAAACAAAAAAA